UACAUAAACUAAACCAUUUUUCCAUUAAAACAGAAAUUAAGAUGUCGCUUCCAGCUUCAACGCUUGCUUCUACCCAACAUGCAGUGUCUGAUCUCAGGCGACCUUGCGUCAAUUAUGCUCCUUCCAUGUGGGGAGAUUUUUUCCUUCAAUAUGCUUCAGAAUCUAUGGAAGUCAAUGACAAUAUGAAGCAGCAUGUUCAAAUACUAAGAGACGAGGUGAAAAAGAUGCUUCAAUCACCAAUCAAUCAAAAUAUCACACACAAGUUAAACUUCAUUGACUCACUCCAACGUUUGGGUGUCUACUAUCAUUUUCAACGAGAAAUUAGCCAAAUAUUGGAACAAAUUCAUAACAAUUUCACAAAAAAUAACGCCAUCAGUGAAGAUUUCGAUCCCCACUCUCUUGCUUUACUCUUUCGUUUGCUUUGGCAACAAGGAUAUCAAAUUUCAUCAGAUGUAUUUAACAAAUUCAAAAAUGACCGAGGAAAUUUCUAUGAAACACUCGCCAACGAUGUUCAAGGGUUGCAAUGUUGCAUGGAUACGAGUACUGUACCGGUACCGGGUUGGAAGGGGUUUGGACGCUGGACACUGCUACGCUGGACGCCGCUCUCGCUGUCGCUGCCGCUGCUGGACACCACCCUGAACGCUGUUGGACACGUUGGUGUUUUGCAGAUGGAGGAUGCUGCCCUGGACGCCGUUGCUACCGCCACUAAAUUGAAGGACGCUGCCCUAAAUGCUGCCGGGCCCGUAUCCUAUGCGUACCCGUACCCAGUACGUACCCGGUACCGGUACGUUGCAAAAAUUGGAGUACCCAUACUUCAGAGGUUGGUAGAGGCAUACCUUUGGCCGUUGGCCAUGUCUUUCGAGCCUCCAUGUAGCAAUGGAAGAAUGUUUGGCGGAAAAUUGACUGCUGUUAUCUCUCUCGUGGACGAUACUUAUGAUGCUUUUGGCACAGUUCAGGAGCUUGAACUCUUGACAGAAGCAAUCCAGAGAUGGGAUAUUAGUCCCAUUGGAUCUCUUCCACAGUGCAUGAAAGUAGUAUUUGAUACAAUUGUAGAAUUGUGCGAAGAAAUGGAGUUGAUAACAGCCGAGAGUGCAAGCUUUGUGGUGCCAAAUUUUAAAAAAGCUUUUAGUAACUUAAUAAAAGGCUACAUGGUUGAAGCAAAAUGGUGCCAUCAGGGUUACAUUCCAACAUAUGAUGAGUAUAUAGUUAAUGGGGUUUUAACUUCUACUUUCCCUUUAAUGAUAACAUCAUUUAUUGGCCUGGGAGAGUUUGCAACAGAACAUGUAUUCGAUUGGAUUUUUAGUGAUCCAAAAAUCAUUAAAGCUGUAUCAGUUAUUGGCAGAGUCUUAGAUGACAUGGCCUCACAUAAGUUUGAGCAGCAACGAGUGCAUGUUGCCUCAGCUGUGGAAUGUUGCAUGAAGCAAUAUGGCAUUUCACAAGAAGAGGCCUGUAAUCUCAUUCACAUGGACGUGGAAGAUUGCUGGAAGGAUAUAAAUGAAGAGUACCUCAAGCUAAAUGAUAUACCAAAGUUUGUGCUCGAUUGUGUAGUUAAUUUGGCACGUAUGUCUGAGUUUACAUAUGAAAAUCACCAGGAUAAAUUCACAAAUGGGGAAUUACUGACAGAUUGCGUCUCUUCACUUCUUGUGGAUCCCAUUUGCAUCAAGCAACGCCAGUAGGAGCAACAAUUUAACACAUUAAUAAGUUACACAUAUUAUAUCUUGUUAGUAACAUUUAGUAGAUGUACUAUCAAAGUGUUAAGUACUAGCAACUAUAAACAAAUGUGAGUUGUGAGUAAA